UCGAUUUUCAUAUCCAAUCUGAUAAUGUGAUUGUUUUUCUGCUUCGGAUUUUAGUCCUGUGCGUCAUUUUAUCCUAUUCGUUGGAUCUUUGUUCAAGUUUGGUGCGGAGGAGGAUCGUGGAGUAUAGAUCAUUGAAUUUUUACUUUUUUUUUUAAGGAACGUUUUAGUGGAAAAUCGAAUAGUUUUCCGUGAUUCACGAUCGAGGCUUCUGAAAUAACUUAAAUUUAAAGCAGUUUUUGCAAGGAAUGAUCUUGUGGAGACUGUUGACUCUUUUUCCAAUCGGUUUUACCAUCAUUUUUCCCUUUUCUUACUUCUUUUAUGUCCUCCAAUAAUUUGUUUUUUUUUAGAAAUGUUUUAGUAGGAAAUCGAAUAGUUUUUCACGAUUCGCAACCGAGGUCUCUGCAAAUUGAACUUAAAUUUAAAGCAAUUUUUGCCAGGAAUGAUCUUAUUACUACUGUUGAGUCUUUUUUUUAACCGGUUUUACCAUCAUUUUCUGGUUUCUCUACAUGUGUCCAAGAAUUUAUAUGACUUUUACUUUUAUUUUUAUUUUUGGGUCGGUGUUUUGUGCUUGAAACGCGUGUAUAUAGCUGGAGCUCUCGCCUGGACAGUUGUCUUAAUUUCAAGGUUCAGGCAGAAAUUAAUCCCCAGAGAAAUGCCAAGUCCGCGCGCUUUCUGUGCGCGUGGGGUCACGCUCCAUGUUGGUGGUUUUUUCUUGCCUAUUUCUUUUCCCCCUUUUUUUUAACACCUUUCUGUUGUUGGUUGGGCGGCGACCUGUAGUUAUUGACUUAAUUCUGACGCCAAUCCAAAAGGAUCCAGCCACUUUCUUCAACGGAUAUCAGCCCCUUGUCGAUAUAAACUGAGAAGCUUGGAUUUACAUUUUUCAAUCUGCUAUCAACGAAAGUAUCAAUCCUAGCUGCAGAUACAUUGCAAAACAAAGCUCUGAGAGUCUAUUGGAUCCAGCCCUCUAAAUCAACUCUCAAACUUCACCAACUUAGCAGCAUGGCAUCUUCCUUGGUUAAGUCACAAAAGAAUCUGAAGAGAACAGAAUCUAAGAAAUCACAUUCCUGGUGGUGGGAUAGUCAUAUCAGUCCCAAAAACUCCAAGUGGCUCGCUGAUAAUCUUGAGGAGAUGGACCAGAGUGUGAAACGGAUGUUGAAGCUGAUUGAAGAGGAUGGGGAUUCAUUUGCAAAAAAGGCUGAGAUGUAUUAUCAGAAGAGACCUGAAUUGAUCUCUCACGUUGAGGACUUUUACCGCAUUCACAGGUCGCUGGCUGAGCGUUAUGACCAUGUGACAGGAGAACUGAGGAAGAAUAUUCCAUCAGAUCUCCAAUCUCAGGGCUCAGGCAUUUCUGACCUUGGUUCUGAACUAGCCUCUACAUGUCCUUCUCCUGAUCAAAGGGAGAGGCGACGUAAAUCUGGUCGUCGAGCUGCUGGUUUUGAUUUCUUCCUCGGCUCAGGUGGGAGCAGCUCUGAUCUGUACAACAAAGGAGAUGAGUCAUCUUCACUAUCGGAUUCCGAGUCGGGAUCUGAUGAUUCCUCUGUCAACAAUUACUUGGGCGUGCCAGGAAAGCAACGGAUGCAACAGGAAGAGAAUGCAGACAGGUCAUUGAGGGGAACCGGAAAUGGGAAUUGUGAAGAUCUACUUGGAAAAAUUGCUGGAUAUGAAGAAGAGCUGAGGGCUGCUAAGGAAAAGAUUCAGCUUUCAGAAGAAGAGAUCGUUCGGUUGAAAACUGAGCUCCAGAAAUAUGGACCCUUGGACUUUUCAAAUAAUUUCCAGGCUGAGCUUGUUGAAUUACCACCUAGAGAUAUCAAGAUGCAGGAAUCCGAGCUGGAGUUUGCAAAAAAACAAGCAUCAGAAUUUGAAGAAAGGGCUGUUGGGUUGGAAGUGGAUUGUUCAGACCCUGGUCUUAAGAUUCAAAGCCUAGUGGAAGAGCUGAGAAUCACAAAAGAAAGGCUUCAGGGUUCAGAGAAAGAAAUUGCAAAUUUGAUAGAUGAACUUGCAAGUAGAGGAUCCUCUGAAAGUAUCAGCCAUAUGCAGGAACAGCUUGAAUUGGCUCAUAAAGACAUUGCUAUGUGGAAAGCCAAGCUCGAUAGAGAGAAAAGGGAGGUCUCCAAGCUUCAGGAAAGGGUUGGGAGGUACAAAACUAGUUUAUCAGAUCGGGAACAUGAGAUCAGGGAAUUAAAAGAAGUCAUCUCUGAUGCUGACCAUAAUUUUGAGCUCGAAAAAUCACUACUAAUGACCAAAAUUUCGAAACUCUUGGACAACCAGUCUCAUUUGGAGGAGAAGCUAAAAGAAUGGGAACUACGCUGCCAGUCUUUAGAGGAGGAGAUCAAGCAAGUAGAUGCCGAAAAAACAGAAACCAAAGCUCUCCUUGAAGAACAGGAAAAGUUAUGGAAGACCAAAAUCGAGCAGUUGAAGGCAGACACUGCUGAGAGUGGUGAUCGCAUCAACGACCUGAAUAAAAGCCUAGACGCACUAAAAUUGAAACAUGACACUUUAAUGUCGGAAAGAGAUGAGCUCAGUGCAAGAGUUCAUGCACUUAUCUCUGAACUAAGUUCCAGAGAUGAUCAGAAAAUUCAAAUGGAUAAGUAUUUGCACCAACUACGAAUAGAACAAGCAGAGCUGGUCGCUGGAGCUGAAGAGGCACGUAGACUGGUGGAGGAGCUGAGAUCAAAAGCUAAGCAACUGGAGGAGGAGGUUGAGAGGCAAAAGGGUCUAGUCUCAGAAGCAGCAGAAGAGAAGAGAGAGGCGAUUCGCCAGCUUUGUUUCUCCCUUGACCAUUACAGGAAUGGCUACAAUCGGCUUCGCCAAGCUUUUACAGUCCACAAGCGGCCUGCAGUUUUAACAUCCUAAUCUGGUAUGUGAGCUUGGAUAAUGUAUGUAUUGUCUGGAUGGUGAAGGUUAAGUUACCCUGAAGUUUCACAUAGGCCUUACUUGGAUUGCUUUGUUGUUGAAGAGCCCAAAAGUUGCUGGCAACUUUAGGUAUUGAUGGAGAAAUGCUGGAAAUAAAUUACCUUCUGCCUCAGCUCAGUUAGUCGAGGCUUUCAAUGUGCUUGACCCUCUGUGGGUGUGAGUUAAAACAAAGGAAGAUGUGAAUUUAAAGCCUUUGUUGUGGUUCCUAA